CGAAAAGUAAAUACCGGUUGCUCCAAUGGUUUGCCUCCAACUUGCGUUUUAUUUUUUGUCUUCCACACACACACCCCACUGACCACACUCUUAUAAGUGCUUCCGUCGUCCAAACACUUUUUUAAAAACUUUUCUCAAUAUCUCAAAAAUCAGUAUAUUCUCCCUUGUUCAAUCAAUUACUCUUCUUCCUUCCCUUCCUUCCUUCCUUAAACCCAAUCGAAGAAAAAUAAAAUGUUGUUCCACAAUCCACCACAUACCGACUGAAAAAAAAAAAACUCAGUUUGUGGGUUUAUUAUACUUUGAUUGAUUAAUUAAUUAUUAGUUAUUAGUUAGUUGGUUAAUCAAUGGAAGAGUGUCACACGGUGUUCGGAAAGUACGAGAUGGGGAGGCUUCUCGGCAAGGGGACGUUUGCCAAAGUGUAUUACGGGAAGCAAAUAAGCACGGGCGAGAACGUGGCAAUCAAAGUGAUCAACAAAGAGCAAGUGAGAAAAGAAGGAAUGAUGGAACAGAUCAAACGUGAAAUCUCCGUGAUGCGUUUGGUGCGACACCCAAACGUGGUGGAAAUCAAGGAAGUGAUGGCCACAAAGACAAAAAUCUUCUUCGUCAUGGAAUACGUGCGUGGCGGGGAACUCUUCGCCAAAAUCUCCAAAGGCAAACUCAAAGAAGAUCUCGCCCGCAAGUAUUUUCAGCAGUUAAUCAGUGCCGUUGAUUACUGCCACAGCAGAGGAGUAUCCCACCGUGAUCUCAAACCAGAGAAUCUUCUCCUCGACGAAGACGAAAACCUUAAAAUCUCCGAUUUCGGUCUCUCUGCGCUGCCGGAACAGCUUCGUUACGAUGGGCUCCUCCACACACAGUGCGGCACCCCUGCCUACGUGGCACCCGAAGUGUUAAGAAAAAAAGGCUACGAUGGUUCCAAAGCUGAUAUCUGGUCAUGCGGCGUCGUUUUGUACGUUCUUCUCGCUGGCUUUCUUCCUUUCCAACACGAGAAUCUCAUGACGAUGUAUAACAAAGUUCUCAGAGCCGAGUUUGAGUUUCCACCGUGGUUUUCGCCUGAUUCGAAGAGGCUAAUCUCCAAGAUUCUAGUGGCGGAUCCCUCGAAGAGGACCGCGAUUUCCGCCAUAGCUCGCGUGUCGUGGUUCCGGAAGGGCUUUUCUUCGCUUUCCGCGCCGGACUUGUGUCAGUUGGAGAAACAAGAAGAUGCCGUUACGGUUACGGUUACGGAGGAAGAGAAUAAUUCCAAGGUCCCCAAGUUCUUCAACGCGUUCGAGUUUAUUUCUUCGAUGUCUUCCGGGUUUGAUCUCUCGGGGCUGUUUGAGAGUAAGCGGAAGACAGCGACGGUGUUCACGUCGAAGUGUUCGGCGGCGGCGAUUGUGGCGAAGAUUGCGGCGGCGGCGCGGGGGCUGAGUUUCCGCGUGGCGGAGGUUAAGGACUUCAAGAUCCGGCUGCAGGGCGCGGCGGAGGGGAGGAAAGGGAGGCUGGCGGUCACGGCUGAGGUGUUCGAGGUGGCGCCGGAGGUCGCCGUUGUUGAGUUUUCGAAGUCCGCCGGCGACACGUUGGAAUACGCGAAGUUCUGUGAGGAGGACGUGAGGCCCGCGCUGAAGGACAUUGUUUGGACGUGGCAAGGGGAUGCCACGUGUGCUGCUAACGUUCCCGCCUGUCACGGUGAGGAGUGUCAUAAGCAGGUUGUUGUUGUUAGUACUAUAUAAAUUAAUUAAUUAUAAUUAGCGUGACAGUCCACGGAGAGGGUUCUAGAAACGGUAAUGUUCUAACGACUUUUCUUUCUUUUGCUUUGGGUUUGUCGCUUUCGUCUUUAUUCCCUGCCUGAUUUUUUGGAAAGAUAGGGUUUUGCACCUUUUGAAGGUGAGGCUGUACAUAAACUGCAAUUAAAUAUAUUGUGCUGCUGCUACAUUCGGAAUGGAACUUAUUUCUGUGUCCAAAA